AUGGACCACCCACGCCGCUUCCCCACCAUCAACGGCUUCCGCAUCGGCGUAGAGAUCGGCGGCGGCGGCUUCUCCAAGGUAUUCCGUGCAGUCGACGACACCACCAACCAGCUCGCAGCCUGCAAAGUAGUCAACAUCUUUGUCAACCCCAACUCGGUCCACUCUGCGCCCAACGUCAAGGAGCUGCAGAAGGAGGUGCAGGUGCACAAAGCUUUGAAACAUCACUAUGUGCUAGAGUACCUUCACCAUGAGCUGGUAGCAAAGGAGAAGGAGAGGGAGGGGCUGGUACCGGGGCUGUAUAUCCUGUUGGAGCUGGCUGUUGGUGGUGAUCUGUUUGAUAAGAUUGCGCCCGAUGUCGGCGUCCCAGAGGACCUCGCCAAAUUCUAUUUCGCCCAGAUGUGUUCUGGCAUGGAAUUCAUCCACUCAAAGGGCAUUGCCCAUCGCGACCUCAAACCCGAAAACCUCCUCCUGGCCGCGAACGGCAACCUCAAGAUCACCGACUUUGGUUUGUGUGCCGUCUUUAGACAUCAAGGCAAGACAAGGCUCUUGAGCGGAAGGGUAGGAAGCUUGCCAUAUGUGGCGCCUGAAAUUAAUGGGUUGCCGGGCUCGGGAUACGCUGCUGAGCCGGUGGAUAUCUGGGGUAUGGGUGUUGUCCUCUACACUCUUCUCGUAGGAAAUACGCCAUGGGAUGAACCCGGAGACAACAGCCCCGAAUUCUGCGCUUACCGCACCGGCGAACUGCUCAACUAUGACCCCUGGACGAGAAUACGUGGACAAGCACGAGCCAUCCUGCUGAGCAUGCUCCACCUUGAUCCCCAACAACGUAUCACCAUCGAAGGCAUCAAGCAGCAUCCUUGGUGCAUGACUCCCAGUCAGCUGCACCGCGAGCAGAUUCCAGAGGCCUUGACACAAGGUCUUCGAGGUGCGGGUAUGAUGACCUAUGCCGAUCCCACUUUCAACUCUGGUGCUUCUCAGGCAUACACUUCCCAGCGAAACCAGAGGAUGGCCAGCCAGACGGGAUUCUUCAACAAGGAAGAGUCGCAAUUUAUGCGUGGUACGGGUAACAUUACCCAAGCUGGUGAUCUCAUGUCCAUCACCACCCGUUUCUGGCUCUCCCUCUCGUCCCACAACGCCCUCCAACUCCUCUCCUCCUACCUCACCUCUUCCCUCGGUGCCAAAAACAUCCGUCUCACUCUGUCCAAAGACCCAUCCACAGGCCGGGUGGUGGAAGACGGUUCUGCGGGGGGUAAUAUCACCGUGGUCAAGCUGGCGGGGAAUAAUAGGAUGGAGGGGACGUUUAUUGUGAGGGGGAAUGAUAGUUUGGCGGCGGAGGGGCAGAGUUUGGUGAUUAUGCGUCGUGGAAAGGGAUCGUUGCUGCAUUGGAGAUCAUUCUGGUGGUCGGUGGUAAGGGCUCAGGAGUUGGAGCAGUAUAUCGUAAGGGGUGAUGAGUAG